GUUUACAUGGGUUGUAACUCGUGGCGAGAGAUUGCUAAAAAACUGCGCAUGCGUCGAACGCCUGUGUAUGCGUACGAGUCAAAUGAAGUAUACUUUCCAAGGCCGUGCGCGUAAGAAAACGAAGUACACCCAGGGCUUAACAGUAUCUAAAUUAUACUAAAAUAACACUGUCGUAAAUUAAAAUAGUGGCCAGCUUGUUCAUUAUCGCUACGAGUGGGUUUCUCUCAUUGGUGAGAAAAUGAAAAAACCCGGAGUGGAGUUUGAGAGCAGUGAACUCAGAAAGCUUUGAAGACGGAUGAAGAAAUCUAUGACGGCUUUCAGUCUGUGCGCGCUGCUGCUCGGAUACAUGCACAGCUUGAUAAUUUAGUUGACAGAAGAAUUACAGCAACUAACUGACCAGUUUUCCCUGAAAAGCUGUUGGUUUCUUUGAUUGACGAGUCGUAGAUGAAGCUGGGAUACUCAGUGUCACAUGGCUGCAGAAUGCCCCCCUUUGACUUCUUACCAGCUACAAAGCAAACCCACAGUUAAAUACAGUAUGGAUUAAAGAAUGCAAUGUCCUUUUAUCCUCAAAUAGGCACAAGCAAUAUCACACACAGUGAUGGAAACGGCACUUACAUGAAUGGAAUAAGGCCUUGGCUGUGACACAUCAAGAUGAAGGAGGGUUACAGAAUUAAAGAAAUGAAAGAGCAAGCCAUGAAGAUGAAGAAGGAAGAAAGACACAGGAAUGGCAAUACAAACAGGUAACAUGAUGUCAGCGCAGCCCCUACCGACACCUUGAAGAUUCACCACCCAAAUAUGACACUGUCCUCAACGUGAGCAGGGACAUCAGUGUACUCCCACAUACACACUUCGUAACACAGAGGGCUUCUGAUAAGGAGAGAAAUGGCAUGUCUCAUCACUGGCCCCGUAUCGCUGCCUGUGGAGGCUGGCAUCAGGGCCGGCUGAUGCCACAGCAGAUCUGAGGCAGCUGCAGUCAUAGAAGCGCAGACAUGCAGCUCAGCACUGCACCUACAGUGGGUCGCAGGAGGAGAGGAAAUCCGGACAGUCAAGGUCUGCUAGGUGUGCUGGGUGUGUGUGCUACGUUGCUGCAGUUAUGCGCUGGCUGUCCUUCAGAGUGUGUGUGUAAUUCACUGGAAGCUAACUGCAGUGGGCGGAGUCUAGUAUCUCUGCCCGCUCUCACUUCUCUCCCGGAGGGCACACAUACCCUCUUUCUGGCCAAUAACCGCCUCUCCUCCUUGCCCGUCACGGCCUUUGCCAAUAUGAGCACCCUCGAGAGCCUCGACCUGUCCAACAACUAUCUGGACAACCUGCCUUCCAGACUGUUCCGUGAGCUGAGUAACCUGAGCGAUCUGAGUUUGCGUAACAACAGCCUAACAGUUUUGGAUCGUGAGUUAUUUCGUGGCCUGACCCAGCUGCGGAGGCUGGAUCUGUCUCUGAACGGCUUGGCCACUGUGCCGCUGGGCCUGCUGGAUGAGCUGCAGGGGCUGACUUGGCUCUCCUUGGCUGGAAACAGACUUCACGCCCUGGAGAGAGCCACAUUUGAGCCUCUCGUCAACCUUCAGCACUUGGAGCUGGGCAUAAACCCCUGGGAGUGUGACUGCAACCUGAGAGACUUCAAACAUUGGAUGGAGUGGCUAAUAUACCGAGGCGGUUAUGUCGAUGCCGUUGAGUGUACGCUUCCGAAGGACUUAAGGGGCCGUGACAUCAGGGGUGUUCCUGUGGAGAUGUUCAACUACUGUCUGCAAUUGGAGGAUGAGAAUGGGGGCGGGGCUGGGAGCACGAAAGGUGGAUCUCCACCAUGUUUUCGAGGGACAGCCACUCCAUCGUCUGAAGGUGCAGUGGUGCGUACGGAGGCGGAGCUACCAGACUGUGUGAAGCAGCGUUAUCGGCCGGUCAGUGUUCGCAGGGCGAUCGGUACAGUAGUGAUCGCUGGUGUAGUCUGUGGAAUCGUGUGUAUUAUGAUGGUAGCUGCCGCAGCAUACGGCUGCAUUUAUGCCUCUCUGAUGGCAAAAUACCAGCGAGAGCUAAAGAAGAGGCAGCCAUUGAUGGGUGACGCAGAGGCAGACGGCGACCAGGAAGAAAAACAGAUCUCAUCAGUUGCAUAGGGGAGUGGGGGAGAGGGGUCAGAGUUCAGAGGUCAGCCACAAAUAUAAAGAACCCUUUACUUGUUGAGCUGCACAUUUGAUGAUCAUUUAGCUGCCCAGCGGAGGAUUCAUAAUCCCUGUUUCCUUUUUCUCUGUCCUUCCUGAGACCCUCUCUGACUCUCAGACUUACACUUUACUCAAUCUCUAAACUUUGGCCUAUGACCUUUGACUUAUUUGCCCCAGGACAAGAGGGACCACUCAGCACUUUAGAACUCCCCCACCCUCCCCCAAUGUUGAGAGGAUCUCAGCAGAGGAGGUGUGGAUGCAACUGUUCCCAGUUCUGAACCCUGAUGUUUCUAGAGGAUCACGUGCUGUCAUUAGCAUUUGCCUCUGUAGCAACCUAGCUAUCAAUCCAAACCUACAAUCAUAACUCUAACCCCCAACACUAAUCCCAACCCCAAUCCUAGACCUUUAACUCUAAUCCCAACACUAAUCCAAACCCCCAACUCUAACCCUACCCUUCAAUACUAAUCCUAAACCUUACCAUAAACAUCUAUCACUAAUCCAACCAUCACCUCUAACACUGUGUCUACACCAUGUGGGCAAGUGUAAGUGACACAUUCCACCAAAUGCCAAUAACACUCAUUAAAAUCGAUGCUGUCUACAAUGGUUGCAUUCCAAUGCAUAGAGUUACAGACCAUAAACGGAUGCCCCAAUUUCUGACAUACUAUAUGCGCUUGUGCUGCUUCCAACAAAAGGACAAAUUGAUUUGGAACGUUCACUUUGAAAUCUCCAGUGUAGACAGCUUCAAACCAUUGCAGCAUCUGCGUAGACAUGGUGUAAUCUUAAACUUCUAACUCUGCUCCCAAACCUACACCCACAACACAAUCCUUACCCUUACCAUGAACCUCCAUCAUUAAUCUGAACCCCCAACCCUAAACCUCCAUCACUAUUCCUAACCCUCAACCUUAACCUUAAACCUCUAACACUAAUCUGAACCCCCAACUCUUAAUCCUAAACCUCCAUCACUAAUCCUAACCCUAAACCUAUUACACUAAUCUGACCCCAACCCUAAACCUUCAACACUAAUCCCUACCCUUAUCAUUACCCUCUGUCACUAAUCUGAACCUCCGACUCUAACCCUAAGCCUCCAUCAUUAUUCCUAACCCCCAACUCUAACCCUAAACCCCGGUUUCACAGACAAGGCUUAAACUAGUCCUAGACUAAAAUGCCUGUUUGAGCUGUUUUAACUGAAAGCAACUUGUACUGACAUAUCUUAAAAUAUGUCAGAGCCAUUGUUUUGUCUCAAGAUGCACACCAGUAAUGUUUUUUUGUAGUGUACGUUUGUAAAAGCUACUUAACUAUCCUAAUUGAACCAAGGCCUAAUCCUGGCUUAGGCUAAGCCCUGUCUGUGAAACCGGGCCUAAAUCUCUUACACUAAUCUGAACCCCCAACUCUAACCCUAAGCCUCCAUCAUUGUUCCUAACCCCCAACUCUUAAUCCUAAACCUCCAUCACUAACCCUAACCCCCUACUCUAACCCUAAACCUAUUACACUAAUCUGACCCCAACCCUAAACCUUCAACACUAAUCCCUACCCUUACCAUUACCCUCCAUCACUAAUCCUAAACCUCCAUCACUAAUCCUAACCCAAAGUCUCUAGCACUUAUUUAAACCCCCAGCUCUAAACCAUAAACACGAAUCCCUGCCGUUACCAUAAACCUCAAUCACUAAUAUGAACCUCCAACUCUAAACCUCCUGCCAUCACUAAUCCAAACAACUCUUACCCUAAACCUUCAACUCUUAUCCAAACCCUAAAAUUAAAUCCCCAAUACCCUAAUUGUUACCCUUAACCCUGCCCCAGUGUGAACUGGACAUCAUAACCCCCACACAUCAUAUUCCCACUUUAUUUAUCAGCUAUAAUAUAUGCUAUACAAUGUGACGUGACCCCAGUUUUAUGUUUUUAAGUGUGAGGUUUGUCCUUUGUAUUGUGUGAUAAUUUGUGUUGAUAACAUUGUUUAGUUUGUUUACGGUUUGUUGUUUCUCCAUGUUCAUCUCUAGAGGUCAGACGUGUUUUUGUAAGACUAGAAGAAUCCAGCCCUGGUGUCUAUCGUGAAGUGUCUUGAAGUAUUUGUGAAGUGCUAAUGUAGAGCAGGCUGAGGACUCUGUUGAUGUUAGUGGAGGGUGGCUGAUUUUGGCUAUUGGAACUGUUAAUUACACCUUGGUGGCUAAAGAAGCACAGUGGCCCUACAGGAUAGCUACCCUCUUAACAAAAACAGAAAGACAAUAGAUGAGAAGGAAAUAAACCUUACCUUUAUUAAGAUAGACUUUUCUGUGCAAUAUAAAUCAAUGUCUUUGUUGAUUUGUUGUUUAAUUCUGGACUAGGAUGUCAUAGCUGAUUUAGUCUGAUCUUUUCUCUUGGGCUGGCGGUGGAGGAGAAUCGAUUGCGUCUGUGUGAUCAAUUUUCUGCUUGUGGACCAAUUUACAUAAUCUGCUUUUCCUUGAGGGCAGAAGUUGGUUAGACUAAAUAAUUCAGAUAAAUUUGACUUGGGCUUUCAGAAGCCCACAGAUAUUAUCAAUAUAAGCUUUUCUG